AUGCGGAGCGCGGGGGGAGCCGCGAGGGACGGGCAUCGCGUGGGGAAUGGCCUGGCUUGAGCGGGACGCUGGACAGCGGCCGGUUCCAAAUCCCUGCCGUGGGCAGCCACUCCUCCCACCGCCCCAGCUUGCUCCAAGCCUCCUCCAUCCUGGCCUUGGACAUUUGUAGAGUUAUCCUCCAUGCAAAGUUGCCUGGACACCCUGUGCCAGAGCCUCACCACCCUCACAGCCCACACAGGAGCACUGACAGAGCAGAGGAACUGCUGAUGGAGCAGAUGGGGACAAACCCCCAGCACAGACCUGGCUCACAGGCAUCCACCAGCCAGAAAUGGAGACCAACUCUCAGGAGCAAAACCCCUCCACUGCAAGGCCUCGCAUCCUUGUGCUGUACAGGUACACCACAGACAUGCUGAUGGCAGUGCUCCUGUUCCUGCUCCUGCCACCCCUCACCCAUUCCCACGAGGUGUCCUGGACGUACCAAGGAGAAGGAGAGCUGGAUGAAGAGCACUGGGGGCAGCAUUUCCCAGCCUGUGCUGGCAAGCAGCAGUCCCCAGUUGACAUCCAGAGGAGGAAGGUGAGGUACAACCCCCUGCUGCAGCUGGAGCUCGCUGGCUACGAGGGGCCCUUGCAGGGCCACUUCAGGAUGACCAACAAUGGCCACUCUGUGCAGAUCGACCUGCCCCCCAGCAUGAGCAUCUCCCGAGGGCUGCCAGGCCUGUAUAGAGCAGUGCAGAUGCACCUGCACUGGGGGGGGCUGCAGCUGGAGAGCAGUGGCUCGGAGCACACCAUCGACGGCAUGCGCUACUUCGCCGAGCUGCACAUUGUCCACUACAACGCUGCAAACUACUCCAGCUUUGAAGAAGCCAAAGACAAGCCCCAGGGGCUGGCUGUGCUGGCCUUCCUGUACACGGAUGGGCACUUUGAGAACACCUACUACAGCGAGUUCAUUUCCAAACUGGCAAGGAUCAGGUUUGCAGGUCAAUCAACAACGCUCAGCUCUCUGGAUGUCCAAGCCAUGCUGCCAGAAAACCUCUCCCAGUUCUACAGGUACCAGGGCUCCCUGACCACACCGCCCUGCUCCGAGAGCGUCAUCUGGAGCGUCUUCCACUCGCCCAUCGUGCUGUCCCACACACAGAUCCAGCUCCUGGAGAACACCCUGCUAGACUGGCACAACCGGACCCUGCGCAACGAUUACCGGCACGCGCAGCCGCUGUGGGGCCGUGUGGUGGAGGCCUCCUUCCCAGCCCAGCGUGCCCAGGCACAGUGCCAUCCAGAGGAAUUCACCCUCAGGCUGGAUCAAAUCCAGAUGCAGCUCCAGGACUUGAGAACAGAGUUGCUGAAUGGACUGAGCAACACAGGUACAAAAUGCAGCACCUUUCCAGCUUUCUAUUUCCCUGUGGAGAACAUUGAGAGCUUUGUGGAGGUGCAUCCCCUCCGAGCUGUGUCUCUCCAAGCCUUCACCCUGUGCUUCUGGAGCAGAGCCCAGCCCGUUGGCAGUCAGACCAUCCUGUCCUACUCCACUGGGGAGAGUGACCACGAGCUGGUGGUGACUGUGGGCACAGAGCUGGGGCUGUGGGUAGGAGGCCACUUCCUGAGCUUCCCCCUGCAGCAGGAGGCUCGGGGCUGGCUGCACCACUGCGUGACCUGGUGCUCCCAGGAGGGCACAGCCAACCUCUGGCUGAACGGGGCAGCUGGCAAAGCCCAGAGCCUGCAGCAGGGCUAUGUGAGCCAGGCUGGGGGCACACUGCUCCUUGGCAAGGCCAGGGAUGCUCUGCUGGGCACCUUCUCCAAUGGCUUUGCAGGGUGGCUGAGCCAGCUGAGCCUGUGGGGCCGAGUGCUGGGCGCUGCGGAGAUCCGGGCGCUGGCGCUGUGCAGGGCCCAGCCCAGCGGGGACAUCAUCGCCUGGGGACAAACCCCCAUGGCCCUGCUAGGGGGGGUGCUGCUGCAGCCUGACACCAGCUGCCACUGACACAGCCUCUGCUGCUCUCAGGGCAGCAGGAGAGUCCCAACUGCUGGUUGGCAAAAACUCUCACUGUCUGCUCCUUUCUCAUCCUGCUUUGUGUGGCUCACUGUGCACCUCUUGGUGUGUUUUUCCAAGACACCAAAACCUCCAUCAGAGAGAUAAAAGCAAAGAACUGCAGAAUCUGCACCCUGGGUUGUUAAAUCCCUCCCAGGGGAUUGAUUUAGACCCCCAUACAUAGAUUUUUUUUUUCAUGCCCAAGUGCUGCUCUCUGGUCAAAGAGCUGCUUUUUAAAAUAAAAUUUCUCUCCCAUCCCUCACCCAAUCUCAGUUUCUCGGCAUCUUCCCUGCUUUUCCCUCCUGUCUGUCACCACCCCUUCCUUCCCUCACAGUCUACCCCACAGGAGAGUAGAUGUGGGGCUCAGGCAGGGCAGGUCCUGUGCAAUCCCUGUGCCUUGGCCUGUGGCACAACUUUGCCUUCUUUUCUGUAGUGGAUGUAGAGACAGAGCAUAGAAACAGCUCCUUUAUCAACACUGAUAUAUUGAGCACAGGUAUAUUGUAUAUAAACUCAUUUUCUAAGGUGAAAAUAAAUCAUGGGAGGGAUUCUCCAUCUACUUCACAAAAUCCAUGCCAAGCUGU